GUCUAUGGUUGAGAACGUUCCUCUGCUGAAAUGAAUAUUCAAUCUUUCAGUUGAAAAGUAAACAGAAUCUACUGAUUUCAGUGUGUUACAAUUUAGAAACUCUUGAUCACGUUAUCGGGCGGAGUGUUGGUGUGUCUGAGUGUCUGUUUUGCAGAUCAAUAGUCUCCAACCGGCUUCUCCGCGAAACAGUUGAGAAGAGUGGUAUGAACUGAUUUCAAACAAAAAGAUUCAAUCGAAAGGAACGUCAAACGAUCAUCGCAAAUCGACCCUUCUUGGAAGAGAUCGUGUAUACUCAAUUAUUCCCACAACUUGGAAUUUUAGAUCUGAGGUACCUGACAUAUUCUCAGGAUGAUCCUUGAAGAUGCUUGAGAGAAGACUCUGGUCGAAUAUUGGCCUGCUUCUGAUCGCAUUUUUUGCCUUCUUAGGAUUAUGGCAUACCUUCGUAAGCUCCCGGUUUCUCCAGGUCGUGCCCACGUCAACUACAUCAGCAUAUACUCUAUAUACAGAAAGCCAGAGCGGAUAUCCUAGUCGAGCUUUGCAGUUACCAGAAAGAGAUUAUAACCAACUCAUAGACUUAAACUUCAAUUUUUCUAUAGUUAAUUUUAUUUGUAACGAUAGUCAGCCUUUACUGCUUUUGGUUUUAGUCCAUUCGUCCCCGUCAAAUUUUGCCAAAAGAAAAACCAUUAGGGAAACCUGGGGGCAAAAGGAUGAAAACAUAAAGGUGCUCUUUCUAAUAGGUAGCGUUACCUCCAGUGAUCUCCAAAAGACUUUAGAAGACGAAAACAGGCUGCACAAUGAUUUCGUACAAGGCACAUUUUUGGACACUUAUAGAAAUAUUACUUACAAACAUGUGAUGGCUUUCAAGUAUUCUAUUUAUCAUUGUCCGCAAGCCAAAUAUAUACUGAAGACUGAUGAUGACGUAUUCGUUAAUAUGCCAACAAUGAUGAAUUUUCUCAAGUACGAUCUGUCUCCGUACGGAGCCGAAAACGUUUUGUUCUGCACGCCUAGGAGGAACUCGAAAGUGCUGAGGUCGUACCGAUCGAAAUGGAGAGUGUCGUUCGCCGAAUAUCCAGAUAGAAUUUAUCCUACUUAUUGUCCCGGAUGGACUCUGCUGUACUCUCCUGAUGUAGUUUUUGCACUUUAUAAGGAAGCACAAAAGGCCGCGUACUUUUGGAUAGAUGAUAUUCAUAUAACUGGUACUCUUAUUAAAAAAAUUAACGUGGUUCAUACUGAUAUUGAAUCUCUAGUUUUGUCUCAGUGGAAUCUGUAUAAAAUAGUUAGUUUCUAUUACAAUGUAUCUGAUCCGUUUUUAUAUGGCAGGGCCAAUAUGAAACAAAGUGAAAUUCGGGCGCUCUGGAAGUUUGUUAAAAUGCAUGACGCUCCCAAAUACAUAUUUAGAGAUUUUCAUUAAUUAAGCACCACAAAUAGAUAAUUUGGAAGGGU